AUGUAAGUUAACAAGUGCAUGUUCUGUACUAAAUUGAACACUGAUGGUUCUUUUCAUUUAAUUCUCACGAGAGCACUUUCUUCCAAAUACUCUCAGUCACAAAACUUUUAUUACCAAAAAGACAUUAAUGACAUAUUGGAUGACAAAUCAGUUAAAUCUACUAUUCGAUUUAAAGAUUAUACCUAAUUCAAUCAGUAAACUGAAUUCAUGAGAAGGUAUGUAAACAAUUAUAUAAUGAAAAAGAUUUUAUAGAUAUUUUGAAAGUGAUGAUAGAAUACCAGCUCUAUUAGAAUAUUAUAAGUACCACAUUAAUAUUCCCAGGAACUUUCAUUGCAAACCCAUAAAUAAGAGAAUGCAGAAAAAUAGGGAUAUACAGUAUUGCAAAAUUAAAAUGGAGUUGGGUUUGUAUGAAGAAGUCAAAGAAUAAACGCAAUCUAAAGUGAAAGACACUUCUGAAGAUUGUUCAGUUAAUUAACUUAAAUAUUUAUUGAAAGAUCUCAAACUUGAAUCAACUUAAACUGAUAUAUCUAAAAUGAGUAAUACCACCAUGCUCAGAGAUUUGGUUCAUAUGAUUGGAGACACAAAAAAUUAAGCAAAGCCUUUUGAGAUAUUUAAUCAGAAUAAGCUUAUUUAAAACUCUUUAAAAUCUACGAUUGAUGCAUAAAAACAGAUCAGUUCCAAUUAUUAAACGACUCUCAAAAAAACUAUUGAGAUGCAAUUAAGAUAGGUACAACUCUUAAGAUCUCCACCUUUAACUCAAAGGAUCCCAAAGCCUGCUUAAACUUCAAGAUAGACUUCAGCUUCAAAGCAAAGAUCUAAAAUCGAAAUUCCUAUAAAAAUAAUAAGAAAACCUCCUUAAUUAAAAUCAAGACAUGCCUCUUUAGGAAAUAUUGAAAUGACUAAAUCUUGCUUAACAACUGCAAGGAAUACUCCAUAAUAGAAUGAAUUGGUAUUGGAGUUAGCAAAGAAAAUGCUUUCUACAAAAAUGACUUUCAAUAAUAGCAAUUCAAAAAGGAAGGUUGCAAAUCAACAAUAAAAUAAUUUUUUUGUAAAAGGAAGAACAAGCAUGGCUAGUAGUUAGAAAAACUUUGAAGACCUUAAAAAUUCAAUGAAGAGUUUAAGAUCUAAAUAUUUAACUCCUAGCCAACUAUGUUCUUCAAAUCAUGAUACUCCAAAAAUUAAAAAAAAAUGA